AUGCCUCUGAAUACAGAAUUGACAGAUCUGUUAGACGAUUAUCUUUCUCAAGAAAAAUUGAUUUCUUUAACAGGAGUCACAGAUCUUAAUUGUGUCAAGUUCUUGGAAAUACAAGUAGAUAGCAGAAGCAUUGGACUUGGCCAACUAGGAAAGUUUGUUCCGAAUAUAGAGCAGCUCAAGUUGAACAAUAGCCAUGUUGAAUGCAUUAGAGACUUGGGUACAGGGUUUACCAAUCUGCGAGUUUUAUGGAUGCCACGAUGUGAGCUUGCGUUUAUUGACGGAAUUGGAUCGCUACGCUCACUUAAGGAAUUGUAUCUAGCAUAUAACCGCAUUACAGAUAUAAGUAGUAUUGGUAUGCUAGAGGAAUUGGAGAUUUUGGAUCUAGAAAGUAAUCUUAUAUCGGAUCUUGAACAGAUAGAGCAUCUUGCAGUAUGUCCAAAUCUUGAGGAGCUGAGUUUGCAGGGAAAUCCUUUGGAUCUUUUUCAAAAAGUAUUGAAUAAGAACAUGGAUGAUCCCAAAGGAAAAUUCAUAGAUACUAUUCAGGCUUAUAGAGAAAUUAUUGGAAAGACUAUCCCUCAGCUUAAAAUACUUGAUGAUUAUAGUAUUGGAGAGCUGCAUGUUCAAUACGAAACCAACUUUAACAUUAACACAGAAUAUCCUAGUGCAUUGUUUAAAGCGUGUAGUAAUGCUUUAGAAAAGAGUGGAGAUAAGCCACAUGGGGUCCCAAUACGCCCCGCUACUGCUCAAAGUCGAUUCGGCUCUAUACACAGUAAAGUCAUAGUAUCAGAUACUGGUAGCAAUCUAACACAUGGUAUAAGCACUGUUUUAACGGGAAAUCCUAUUAUGCUUCUUCGUGCUCGACGUAAAGAUCGGCCACGGUCUACAUCGACAUCAAAUUAUUCAGCUGCUUUUGAGGAUGCAUCAUUUACGGUGGAUCAUCCUUCUAGUCCAUCAACUUCUUGUACAGAAUGUGUUGAAAAAAGGAUACCUUUGGUCGGCAUGAAUAUUGUUGAAUUGCCAACACUGUCGAAUUCAGAAAACAAAAAUGCGACAUUACUAAAUAGUCAAAUGCCGACAGCAAAUUUAUUAUUGUCUGCUACUUCCAAUACACUUUCUCAAAUUGUCUUUACAGAAAAAACAGAGUUAAAUAGUAAAUGUCCUAAUGGAACAAAUGCUGGGACUGCAUCAGUUCCAACUCCACCCACUAGCGCGCCUAAACAUCAGAUUGAUAUAGGCAGAUCGCGUAGACGCAUCAACAUAUCAUCUGUUACAGCAAAAUAUAGACAGCAAGAGGAUGUUGGGGUCACGCUUGUUGAUGAUUUACGGCCACCACUCAAUCGAUAUCAUAUAUACUAA